UAGCCCGUUUGAGUUUGCGUUGGUGACAGGGCUUUCGUUUAGCCGUCGGACUGAUGUUUCUUUAUAUAUUCCUCGCUCCUCCGGACAUAGGAUCAGAUCUACGUACUUUCGCGGUUGUUCGAAGGUGCAGUAUCACGACAUUGAGCGUGUUUUCUUGUCGAGGGCAUGGGGGGAUGACGAUAUUGACGCUGUCAAGCUCGCCUUGUUGUAUAUUCUGCACAUGGUUUUGUUGGGGAAUGAUCGACGAAAGAAGGUGUCCACGGAGUACUUACAGUUAGUUGAUCAUUUGGACGGGUUUAAUUCCUACCCUUGGGGCGUCGUUGUUUGGCAGAUGACAUACGAUUCUAUGUCACAGACGUGUGAGAGACUCUGUUCUGGACGUAUGCAGGAAAUCCGUAAAUACGACCUUUACGGAUUUCCUUUCGCAUUUCAGUAUUGGAUAUAUGAGACUCUAGAGACGUUACACGAGUGGAUUGACCUUGUUGAUCUUUAUGUGUCCCCACGGAUGUUGAGGUGGCUUACGCGAGACGUCCCUGUUUGGACUCAUAUCGGUCGUAUUUUCACUGGUGAUCCGGACAUCGUCACGCGUACAUAUCCAGCCCCCGUCGUUGAGGAGAGGGACGACGUUAUUGGGAUGACCUCCCCCAUUGAUACCGCAAUACCAUCCCAUCAGUCACAUGAGGGUCAUCGACAGGAUGGGGCACCGGUUGACCCUUCGGUGACUUCACCGAUCCGAUCUGAGGGUCUUCGUCAUGAGGAGGGUUUACCGAUCGGAUCUCCUAUCAUUUUAGAUCAUCCACUGGAGGGACUCCACAUUGACAUAUCAUCGAUCGAGGGUUAUUUUCGGACACCUUCCCCGGAAGUUCAGGAUGAGCGACUCUGGUUACUUGCUGAUAUCCCGAGCUCGACCAAAAAGCUUGUGGAUAUCAGUUCACAGGAGGAGGACGUCCAGGAGGAUGUUUAUGAGACCGUUGACAUUGAGGUUUGUCAAUUAUAA